GAUGGGAGCCACAUCUGGCGGAUUGUAAACCGACUCGAUCUAGAGAAAACCAUUCGCUCGAGGUGUGUUUAGGUGAGCCGCCAGUCGCGAUGGAGACUUAAUGAGCUUCUCUCCGAUGGCGAGAGCCGCGCGCGUCAAGAGCGCAUGAUGUGAAAAACAACAUGAGGACAGCCCUUCUAAUAAUCUUGAGGAAAAACUUGACGGAGUGAAGGAGGAAGGGUGGAUUCUUUUUCUUUUUUUUCUUCUGGCUGGCUGAGCAUUUUUAAAAUCAUGCAACAUGAAUGUAACUAACAGCACUGGAGCAGAGGGACUCGCGCCCUGGAACUUCAACGGCUCAUUGAGCAACGAAUCCAGUGAUGCCAACUUCACUUGUGACAGCAGCAGCACCAAUGGCUUGUGUGCAGCGGUUGAGGCGGACGGUGACAGCCCGCACAAAACGGUGGAGAUGGUCUUCAUUGCACUGGUUACAGGAUCCCUCAGUUUUGUCACCGUUGUGGGCAACAUCCUCGUCAUGCUCUCAAUCAAGGUCAAUCGACACCUACAGACCGUCAACAACUACUUCCUCUUCAGCCUGGCCUGUGCAGAUCUCAUCAUCGGUGUGUUCUCCAUGAACCUUUACACCGUUUACAUCAUCAAGGGCUACUGGCCACUUGGCCCUGUUGUGUGUGACCUGUGGCUCGCACUGGAUUAUGUGGUCAGCAACGCUUCAGUCAUGAACCUGUUAAUCAUCAGCUUCGACCGAUACUUCUGUGUGACCAAACCCCUGAGUUAUCCCACACGCAGAACCACCAAGAUGGCCGGCCUCAUGAUCGCCUCCGCCUGGAUCCUGUCAUUCAUCCUGUGGGCUCCCGCUAUCCUGUUCUGGCAGUUCAUUGUCGGAGCACGAACCGUAGCACCUGGUGAAUGUUACAUCCAGUUCCUUUCCAACCCCGCUGUCACGUUUGGCACGGCCAUCGCUGCCUUCUACCUGCCAGUGGUCAUCAUGACGGUGCUUUAUGUGCACAUCUCUCUGGCCAGCCGCAGCCGUGUGUCCAAGCAGAACCCUGAGGAAAAGGAGAAGAAAGGCCAGAAAUCUAGUGGUCUGCUCAAGAGUCACAUCUUGAAGCAGAACAACAACAACCAGUCUCCUCCUAAACCUAGCCUGGAUACCUGUUCUACGGUGGACACCAUGAAGAAUGGCAAACUAGACGAGUCUGUGGUGUCCGCUAAAGCGGACUCCUGCGUGCAGCCGGAGGAGAAGGAGAGCUCGAACGACUCCAGCACAGCCAGCAUAGCGCCUAAAGAGCUUAAAGAACGAGCGAAAAGUGAGGCGACUUCAGAGGCCGGCUUGACACCCGUGCCCACUGCCGUACCUAAACUCAACCCUCAAUCCAAAUGGUCCAAGAUCAAGAUAGUCACCAAACAAGCGGGAGACGAAUGUAUCACAGCCAUCGAGAUCGUCCCACCAAACAGUACCGGCGAGAAGCGCUCCAUCCCUGUGAACCGUCCCCGCACAGUGGCACGCAAGUUUGCCAGCAUCGCCCGCAGCCAGGUGAAGAGGAAAAGGCAGAUGGCAGCACGAGAGAAGAAAGUGACAAAGACAAUCUUUGCCAUCCUGCUGGCCUUCAUUAUCACAUGGACGCCAUACAAUGUGAUGGUUUUAAUCAGCACGUUCUGCCAGUCGUGCGUUCCAGACACAGUCUGGGCCAUUGGCUACUGGCUCUGCUACGUCAACAGUACCAUCAACCCCGCUUGCUAUGCACUCUGUAACGCCACCUUCAAAAAGACCUUCAAAAACCUGCUCAUGUGCCAGUAUAAGAACAUUGGCACCAGAUGAACUAAGGGAAGAAGCAGCCAGCGAUGAUGGAGAUAUGAUAUGGAAGGUACAAAGGCUGUGCCGGUACUGUGCAGUACGUUGUGAGGCUUCAUAGUCCCAUAAUGCUGAAACAGUGUGUCAUAACCAAACGUUCAUGUAUUAAGGAAUCAGUGUUUACAAUAGGAUGAUGGAGCAAUGUACAAGAGACUGAAUCACUGAAGAAAACAAGCUGAGGUCAUGAAACAAAUGACUUUUCCAGUAAUCUGAUCAUUGCUCUACUGCUAAGACCACUGGAAUUUUUGCACUAGAGUAAUGUGAAGAUCAAGACAAUAACAAUGCUUUAGAGAGGCCAAUGGCUCAUUUUUCCAAACGUGAAGAGACAGAAUAUCAGCAAAUACAAACCAAAAGAGACUUGGUGAAUAAUAGGAUUUUAUUGACUCAUUUAUAUUCCCAGUAUAGCACAAAUGAUAUUGAUCAAGUCCUCUUGGUUAGUAUUAACACUGUUUCUAAAUCAGACUUCUGUGACAGGAUGCACAUUCGUCAUACAGAGGUGAAGAAGAUGUGACUGGAGAACAUACCACAGCCAAAACCCAUAACAUAUGGAAAAGCUUCCUGUUUGACUGUCCCUGAAAGCAUGAUGCUCCCAAGUGAAAUUCAGUUUCCUACACCUGCACCUUCCACUUUCCAAAUGAAGGAAGUCACAGAUGGCAGCUGCUUGCUGACCACAACAGCUGUGUAUUCCAUUACAUUCAUAGGGACAAAUUCAGGGCCUGUGGUUCAGCCUGGGAGAAGUUAGUCGUCAUUAUCCUCUUAGCUUGAUCCUCUUGAGGUUCUGGAAUAGGUCAAAAUUGAAAAGGAUCUCCUCAAUGGAUUAGGAUAGGCAUUAUAGACUUUAAAUGGGAUGAGACACUCUAUACUGAGCUGAGAAAUGUCACUGUAAGAGUUUGAUCGUACAGAGGUGUGUAAAUAUGUUUAGUUAUGAUGAAUAUAUGCUCUUGAAAGUAUUAUUUCUUCCCUGCAUUUAAUGUAUGGAUGUUUGUGUUCCUCUUGUGUUUGGUUGGUGAUCUUCAUGUGAUUUUACAGAUUAAAUAUUAAUUGUAUUGUUGUCUGUAUGCAAAACUGUUGAAACCAUUUAUAAUUUGUGAUAUACUUGGAAAAAAAUAGGAGAUGACUAGUACAUUUAUUUAACCUGUUUAUAAGAUGUUCAAUUUCAAGCAUUUCAUUUAAAAUCGGGGCACAAAGGACUGUCCGUAAAUUUGAGAAAUGGAAAAUUGGUUUUAUUUCCCCGUUAAACACAAUGUUGAUUUAGUAGAUUUUCACUUCAUGAUAUUGUUUUCUCAUGGUGCAAUAUAGUUUUGCCUAGUUUAUAUUUAAAUACACAGUUUGUAACUGAUGAAACAGCAGCAUGUAAACCAGCAGGAAUGAUCUCCCACAGUGGUCAGAAUUAGCACAGAGGAAGAAAUGUGUUGAUGUUUUAGGGCUCAUGAUGUUACAUUAUUAACAAGCUGCCAGUUUCAGCAAUUACAGACUUUAAAGCAUUAAACCAAAGAGGUCAUGGCGCGCCGGUCUGUUAUUAGGCCUGGUCUGGAAGAGAGAUUAUUCAGUCAUUAGCAUCAUUUUAAGAUGCAGAAACUUGCCUCUUUAACGUCUUGGGUUUGGUUUCAUGUUUCUACCUCAUAAUCAAAUUUCCAUUCAUAGCAUCUGUAUCUCCAAACCAGCUCUGAAUCUCUUUAUAAUGAGUGGUAAAGACAGACUAAGUGACUAGUAUGCCAUUGAAAAAGAAUUUAAAACCAGAUUUCCAUUUUUCUGAAUGUUUUAAACUUGCCAGUUGCUUUGGUCUUCUUCUGAUACAUGGACUGUAUGUUGAAGUAGGCUGUUCACUGCAUAUCUUAGUCAUUCAAAUACAUGCUUUUAUAAAAGCAUCCCCAACUGUGCUGCAACUCUAAGAAGACUUCACAUUGGAAUAUCAGUAUCUCUAAGAGAGUUAUGAAACUGUAACUCCUUUUGUAACUAUACUAAAGAAAUUCAAUCAUGCAAUCCGAUCAGUUACUAAAUAUUGUCUUCUGCAAUUCUGAAAAUUCUAUUAGAUGACCAAUACAGCAAAAUGACUUUAUGCUCUCUUUCCUUUGGUCACUUCAAAUGUUUAUAAAAUGUAAAUUGUAUAGGAAUUAAUAAAGACAUCCCCCAUUUAACUGUACCAGCUGAAGGGCAAAGUCAAUGAUUAUUACCCCCAGUGAAGCUGAUGGAAUGAACACUGUAUUUGUUGACUUAUCUACCACUGCCCUUAAAGAGCCAGUGUACAUAAGAGUGUGUGGUUCUUUUUCUAUUGCAUAAAGCUUAAUAAAGCUCUUAAGCGCACUGACCAGGAGGAGAGACAGAUGCUUAUUCUUUGCAUAUUCAUGAACACACAUAUUGGUUUGCAUAAUGAGAAAUUUGGAGGGCUUAGUUGUCUUUAAUAAUGAACUGUCAUCACUCAUUUACCUUUAGUUAACACUACACACAACACUCAGUAACAAAAUUUUACUGUCUUAAAUGCUUAUAAAACAGGUUUGCACAAGAGGGAACAGUCUCUUCUCCAUGCAGUUUAAUGCUCAUAACCCUCUGUCACCCUUGGAUCUGUUAGUAACAGUCAAGUCAAAAGGAAAAGUAACA